GAAGGAAUGCCUGCCAGAUCUAGAGUGUGGGGUGUCUAAGGUGGUCAACCCGAUAAGAUCAUGAAAGGGGAGAUUGAAGCUGAAGGCGGUUGGCCAAAAUGCCAGAGGAGAUGGCGAACGGUGGGAGGAAGCUUGUGACUCUCGAUGACCUCAUCGACGCCCUGGACAAACGUGAGAGGGUGCCGAGCAACGUCCCAAAGGUCGAGACAUUCCACUUCAAGGUGGAACGCGUAUUUGAUUGGUUGGAUCUGACGGAGCAGGCGCUGGUGGGACUGUCAGAUGAGGUCAAGCUCCAGCGGGUCCUGAGUUAUGUCCUGCACAAUCACCAUCGGGAAGUAACUAAGGUUGUGGACGCCGCCGGUGGCAGUUGGGCAAGGUUUGGAGACCUAAUGCAAAGGAAGUAUAGUCUGGGGGACGGCCUGCUGACCAUGGCCGACUUGGAGGCCAUGAACAAAGAAGACUUCUCUACCAUUGGGGCAUUUGUGCACGAGUUCAAGAAAAGGGCAAGGAAAGUGCAUGGGAUUUAUGAGGAGGCGCAGUGCGCUACAUUUUUGGGGUUGCUUACAGGCUCGGAGGCCACAGAGUUGACAAAGUAUGGGGAAGGAAGCGAGAGGCUCACCUGGGCAACCAUUGACAAGGGAGUAGAAGAAGGGAGCCUGAACCAGGUGGAGCAACACCAAAUGAGGCUGCAAAGGCGCAAGAGGAAGGAGAGGGAUGUUACCGCAUCCGGGACCCCAGGGGUGAAGAGAAUAGUUACGGACGUGCUGGCGGCACUGGGGUAUGAUUAUGCAGCGGAGAUACAGAAAAGAGGGGUGUUAGUGGCCCAAGGCCGGGCGUCAGGGGCAGUAGAUGAGGAGGCUGGGCAAGAAGACUACGGAGGAGGGGAGACAGGUUCCCAAGCCCUGACUAAGGCCCAGAGGAAGCAGCGCAAUCUGCUGCAAGGAGGGCAGGGGUCAAGGAAGGGACAGGCUCCCCAAGCCAUUGCCGCACCACCGCCUGUCACCGCGGUCGCGCCAGCGUCGGCAGGACCAACGCAUAUGGGGCCGCCACCAACCUGCGGGCACUGGGUGCCGCAUUGUCAGUCCGCGCCCUGGCCCAGUGGCAACCACUGUGUCUCGUGUGGAGGGAGUCAGGCCCACGCGGGGCACAUGGUCCCCUAUUCAGUUCCAUCCGCAAGUAUGGGCCCCCCGAGCUACCCGGCGACUCGAAGCCAGCCCGUGGCUCAACCGCCGCCCUCCCAGCAGGCCUCGCAAGCCAGUGUGGCCGAGGGAGGAGGCCUAGGACAAGGCGGGCAGGGCAAUGGGGGCCGGGGCCAAGGAGGUAGAGGAGGGGAUGGCCGGGGGCAAGGAGGAAAUGGUGGAGGCCGUGGAGGAGGCCGGAAUGGUCAAGGGGGUCAGAACCAAGGUGGCUAAGGCGGCCAAGGGUACGGGAGACCCUGCUUCGACUGGCGGAACGCAACUUGUUGGCAUUGUGGCGAGGUGGGCCACACCGUACGAUUCUGCCAACAGC